AUGGACAAUGGAGAGUCCUCAGUGAUCUCGGACAUUGAGAAUACGGCAUUGCGAGUUCCUGCAAAGUUCGUCUUUGAGCUUGGAAGACGCAUGAGCGAUGAUGCGAAUCCCCACAUGACCGAAGGUUCGCCAGUGAACUAUCCUUACGACUAGGUGGCGUAGGUGGCUUCUUUUCCCCUCUUCCCUUAGUCGUACUUUCUCAUUCUUUCUGCUUACUUGUUUUGCUCUGCUCCUUCGUGCUUUAUUUUUAUUAUCAACAUUCAAGAUGUGUUCCAGGGUUUACGGGAGCGCCCCCGAGCACGGGCGGGGGCCGUGGAUCCCCGGACCCCUUCUGGAGGCGUCUGUCGGGAGUGGAAGGCUUCCAAAGGGGUCCCAGGGGGCCCCCCACUCCCUUCCAGCUGCCAGCGUGUAUCCUACAGGCCCCCUAUGUGCUGGCCUCUCGCCGCGGUAGCACUGUGCCGGGCGUGAAGAGCCUCCGAAGGCAGCAAAAAGCGCAAUCCUGGACCCCCUUAGCCGUGUGGCCUGUACCCUCCGGGCCCUUGGUCAUCGGCUUGCUGGCUCUUGCCACGCAUUCGAUGAGGGCAACCCAGCAAAAGAGGCCAGGCCUCGAGACCGUGGCCGCCUCCGGCGGCCCUCUACCCCGGCUACCUCCUGCGUGGGCGGAGGGUUGGCAGAGGCUGGGACGCCUGUCGGGAACAUGCAAAGAGGCGCAAGGGCGCUCCCGCUCCCAGUUUUGACGCCUCUCACCCCAGGAAUCCGCGAAAAUCUGCGCAGAGAAGAGCGCGCAAGCGCAACCACGGGGGGGGGCGUGCGUCCUCGUAUCAUAUAAGAGAAUAUGUAGAUCAUCUUCAACUCGAAGGACAACUGCUCGGGGAGUGGUACUUGAUCUUACCUCACUUAGAAGACGCUUUUCCCGCCUCUUCUAAUACCAGAAGCGCAAUCUGAAAACGAAAGCAAUCGAGC